GGAGAAAUAAGCUGACAGUCGCCAGCAGCAGACACCAUGACAUAGCAGAUCAUGAGAGACUCACACCCACAGAGGAGGAGGGCGCAGACUUAUCUCAGAUCCCCACACAGGCCCUAUCUCUCCAUAUUACCCAGCCAGCACUACUACUACCACCACUACUACUACUCCAGGAGGACUCUGACUCACUGCAGCAGCACAUGGAGGAAGCCCCCUGCAGGUGACCCUCUGCUCCUGACCUUCAGCUGCCCCUCAGCCCAUUCAUGAUCUGCUCUCCUGCAUGUGCCCCUGAGCUGCAGGAGACCCUGGAGGCUGCUGUGACCUGCUGCAGCCAUGCUGAGCCUAUCGCUGGGGCUGCCAACUGUCAAGGGCAGAUUGUGGCUGCUCUGCAGACAACCUGUCCAUGCUGGGUGCUACUCCUAUAGGACUUUCUGCAAAAAACCCCAAAGGACCAUCAAUGGACCAAUACACCAAUGGCCUGUGCCCUGCAGGACUUCUGGAGUUUAUAGACUGCACAGGACAUGGUGCUGCCAGUCAGUAUCUGCUGCCAACUACAGGUGUUACAGCAAUGCUCCAACCAGCAAGACUGAGGGGGAGUCUGAGAAGGUGCAGAGCCAAAGGAAGGAAGAUCCAAAAAAAAGCCUGGCCUCCCAGGAUGUCAAAAGGUUGCUUGACCUGGCCCAGCCAGAGAAGUGGAGGCUGACAGCUGCGGUUGGGUUCCUCACCUUCUCUAGUGUGAUCACCAUGUCUGCUCCAUUUUUCCUUGGUAAAGUGAUUGAUGUGAUCUACUCGAACUCCGCUCAGGAUCUGACAUCGAGCCUUACAACUUUGUGUGCCUUACUGAGCGGGGUGUUCCUCUGCGGAGCUGCGGCCAAUGGGACCCGUGUCUACCUCAUGCAAACCUCAGGGCAGCGGAUCGUACGCAGGCUGCGCUCCUCCCUCUUCUCCUCACUUCUCAGACAGGAGGUCGGCUUCUUUGACCAGACCCGCACCGGGGAGCUGAUCAAUCGAUUGUCAUCAGAUACGCUGCUGAUUGGCAGAUCGGUCACAGAGAACCUGUCGGAUGGACUGAGAGCCCUGGCGCAGGCGUCUGUCGGAGUGGGAAUGAUGUUUUUUGUUUCUCCACAAUUGGCCACGUUUGUCCUCAGCAUCGUCCCGCCGCUCGCCAUUGUCGCAGUGAUUUAUGGGAGAUAUUUACGAAAAGUCUCAAAGCUUACUCAGGACUCUCUUGCUGAAGCCUCUCAGUUGUCGGAGGAGCGUAUUGGGAACAUCCGGACAGUGCGAGCCUUUGGGAAGGAGAUGCUGGAGAUGAAGAAGUAUGACGGUAAAGUGGACUUUGUUCUGGACCUGGCUUAUAAGGAGGCCUUUGCUCGGGCCGGAUUCUUUGGCCUAACAGGCCUGUCCGGGAACCUCAUUGUGCUGGCUGUCUUAUAUAAAGGUGGCCUGCUGGCCGGCGCGGCGCACAUGACUGUGGGCGAGCUGUCCUCCUUCCUGAUGUACGCCUUCUGGGUGGGGAUCAGCAUUGGAGGAAUCAGUUCAUUUUAUUCCGAGCUGAUGAAGGGAUUUGGCGCCGGAUCCCGUAUCUGGGAACUGUUGGACCGGAAACCUGCGAUGCCUUUUAAUGAGGGAUUAGUGAUUGCACCAGAGAAGUUUAAAGGUGCCCUGGAGUUUUGUGAUGUCGGCUUCAUGUACCCCAGCCGGCCUGAUGCACCUAUUUUCCAAGGACUGAACCUUACCGUCCCCUCAGCAUCUGUGAUGGCCGUGGUGGGACCAAGUGGCUCUGGAAAAUCCACCCUAGUUUCUCUGCUCUUAAGGCUGUAUGAUCCCAGUACAGGAUCCAUCUAUAUUGAUGGCCACAAUGUCUGUCACCUCAACCCACUGUGGUUACGGUCUAAGAUUGGCACCGUCAGUCAGGAACCAGUCUUGUUUUCCUGCUCAAUAUCUGAGAAUAUUGCCUACGGGGCAGAGGACCCUUCUUCAGUCACACAAGAGCAGAUCCAUAGAGUGGCAGACAUAGCCAAUGCUUUGGGGUUCAUUGAAAAUUUCCCAAAAGGAUUUAACACUGUGGUCGGAGAGAAAGGCGUCCUUCUGUCAGGUGGCCAGAAACAAAGAAUUGCAAUUGCCAGAGCAUUACUGAAGAAUCCAAGGAUUCUUCUUCUGGAUGAAGCCACCAGUGCGCUGGAUGCAGAAAAUGAAUACCUCGUUCAGGAAGCUCUGGAUCGCCUGAUGGAGGGGCGGACGGUUCUCAUUAUCGCCCACCGUUUGUCAACAAUCCAAAAUGCAGACGCGGUGGCCGUACUGGACCAGGGCCGAGUGGUGGAGUGCGGGAAACACGAACAGCUUCUGCAGAACAGGAACGGACUGUUCACUAAACUGAUGGAGAAACAGUCCAACCCCCUGCGCAGUAGAGAUGCCGCGAUGAGCACCCCCUGAUGAGCACCCUGUCAUGAGCUCCCCCGAUGAGCACCCUGUGAAGUGCUCCCCGUGACAAAUGCACCAUGCUGUAUUUUAUUAUAAUUUUUAUUUAUACAUGAGAUGUAUUUUUCAGGAGUUUUUGGAAUCAGUUUUCAUAAUUUUUACUUUUUUAGCAAUUUUUUUUUAGCACUGGUGAUGUGUGACCUCCCGGGUGCUCUCCGGGCCCUCCCUUGCUGCUGCUUUGGACGUUCCAGCCAUUAUUGUGGAUAAAUGUAUCUCCGCACAUGGUAACGAGAUAAGUAAUAUGUUAUUACAUAAAACAGAAAAAUAAAAAGCUAUUUUUGAGAACA